AUGUUCUUCCAGCAAUGUUUAGCUGCCCCUACACGACAAGCUAUAGAUCGAGCACACCGCCAGGGUUCGUGGCUCGAUAUUGGCGUGCCGAGUGUGCGCAAUCUGUUUCGGCUAUUAACUCGGUAUCCUAGAUACAAUUCGGCAAUCUACGAAACAACUGCAGCCUCUGCCUACGACAUCUUCGCUGGCAGCGGAUCUCUCACACAACAAAAUUCGUCCGAUCUGCUGUUGAAAGGCUCCGACUCACCAAGUAAGAGCCGGUCACUCUAUGACCUUUCCACAGCACGAAAUGAUACAGUGGAAUAUCUAAAUAAGACUGACUGUCUCAACGCAUUUGGGAAAACCUACCAGUCCGCAUAUAGAAAGCUCCUCCUAGUGGAUACGAAUAUAACAGACAACAACACAUACACCCUUGUCGGUACCCAGGAUGUCUUUAGCCCGCAUGAAACAUUUUUCGGUGGAUAUCCAGGACCAUACGAAUGGCUAUGUCCCCUCAGCUGGGAAGAGACCUGCAGCAGCUCAUACCUCCCCAUCAUCCAAGCGAAAAUCGCCAAUAAUACUUGGACAGUACAGGACCGGGGUCCUAGCUCUGGCUCCCACAAAGUAGACUCAUGCUUGGCUGAGAAAGCACCGCAGUACUGUAAACUGCAGUAUUCAUUGCCUCUCACUAUUGUGGUCAUUGCGUUCAAUCUCGUCAAAACCGCCGUCUUGCUCUAUAUGUGGCUCGGGAUGACCGAUGCUCCUAUUUUGACAAUUGGCGAUGCCGUGGCUUCCUUCCUACGUUGUCCGGACCCGUACACGCAGGGUUGCUGCCUUCUCACCAAAAGCAAGGUCGAAUCCAGCGACCAGUCCCAAUCAAAGUGGCGCAGUCUAGCGCCAUUUGCUGAGAGGCACAGGACAUGGAGCUCGGCAGUCUCUUCUCGACGGUGGGCAUUCAGCAUAGUACUCUGGAUUCUCGCCAUCACCGUGUCCCUUAGCCUACUGGCAUAUGGCCUCUCACAGAUCGGAUCAGGCGUCAAUAUCUGGAAACAACAACUCGGCACCAUCACCGCUGACACCUUAAUCAAAGGAGGUAUCUGGCCUGACACUUUCCUUGCUAAUGUCCUUAUCGCCAACGCCCCACAACUCAUAUUCUCAUUCCUCUACUUCGCCUUCAACGCCUUGUUAACUGCAAUGACCCUCGCUGCCGAAUGGAGUAGCUACGCAACCCACCAUAAGGGCCUCCGUGUCUCGAACAAUCCCCAGCUCGCCCAGCGCAGUAACUACUUCCUCUCGAUCCCAUAUCGCUAUGCAACGCCCCUCAUACUAGUUUCGGGUAUUCUCCAUUGGCUGAUCUCGCAAAGCUUGUUUAUGGUCGGGGUCGAGGCUUUUGACUCAGAUAUGGUGCGCAAUCCACCGCGGGAUGUAAUUACGUGUGGAUACUCACCUGUUGCGAUCGUUUGUUCUAUUGUGUUCUGUGAUGCCCGUGGCAGGAAGUUGUAG